GGCAUGGAAGCCCAACAACAUAAGGAUCUAUGGAAGGUCUACAGAGAGGAAAUACCCAGCACCACUCAUUAAUGGACACCUCCUGUUCUGGUCGCGUAGGAUGGGAAACUCUCUGCAACUACAUGCUGCAGAAUUACAAGCAGAGCGGAGACUCACUCCAGGCUGGAAUUAAUGUGCCCAUUUCCCAGCCAUUGAUACGCCACUGUACCUAUAAUAAGAGAGAGCCCAUCAUUCGUAUUUUGGCAGUGGACCGGUCACCACCAAUGCGUUACAUCAGCAUCAGCAAGGGAGGAACACUUGCAGUGUGGAAUAGUAGUCUUAACAUCACAAAGCAACUGAGGAUGUGUGCUGAACCCUCUGAUAAAACAGAAUUGGGAAGGUGUUGUAUUACAGAUGGCAUUUACAUGGCCAAUGUCCACAAGAUCGCUGUGGCAACAAUGAGCAGGGGCAUUCACUUCUUUGACGUUGCCACCACAAACUGUUUCGAGCAGUUUCAUUUAUUUGAAGUUUGCUAUUGCACUUACAUUAUGGCCUUGUUGACUCCCUGUUUUUUAGGACUGAAUCAUUUCGCCACUGCUCUGAGUUAUUGGUAUGACAAAGAGGAUCCAGGAGAGAAGUGUGUGCUGAUGUGGGGAGAUGAGAGUGGCUCUGUAAAUUUGUUCUGGUUUCUUCAGCCUUCAAAGGGACUCUUUGAGACAAAAUUCACCAAGCAAACAGCCUCCGUGCCUAUUUUUAUGCCAGCAUGUCUCGUCGCUGUAACCUCGGAUGUGGCCGGCUCGGAUGUGGCUGGAUUCUUGGUACCUGGAUACCUCCCUGUACCUUUUAUCCCAGAGGUGCAAGAAGAGCUCACGAAGACCUGGCACACCCCCUUUUUGGCGCGUACAUCUUACACUGCCGCGGGUCAAGCUGCCUCCGAGCUUCAUGCCAUGGCCAUCCUGCACGUCCACCAGACUAAGGCAUUGAACAGACUGGACGAGGGAAAGCACGACUCAGCAGUUAUGCAGGAACUGCGCACAGCCACUGACCUCGCUCUACAGGAAACCAAGGUGACGGUGCAAGUGCUGGUUUUCGACGGUGAAGAAGCAGACGGAGGCCAUCAAGCACAUCCUACCCUGCCGCGACCUGGUCCCCAGCAGGGCGUAGAGGUCCCGGACGCUGUCUGCUUCCCAGCAGUCCUGCUCCUCCGUUCCUCCUGCCCCGGCUCCAGCGCCCCCUUCCCAGGCGGCCUCCCGCGGACGGAGAACUUCACGGAGGAUAACAUCUACUCCCCGUCAGCAGCCGAACAAGAAGAAGCGGCCCUGACGGGGACAGCCCUGGCUGGACCAGGACAUCGGGCGCAGCUCCAGCCACACCACCGCUGUCGAGCCACACUGGGACAAUCCUGCCUCGUCCCACCAUCUUCAUUCUCACAAAAAGAGCUUCCUUCCUCCCUGGGCGUUUUCAGCAUGCAGCAGCCUCUACCCGACAUUGCGUCAUGCCGAUGCCUCAGCCUUCAGCACUCUCUACUCGACGUUCCUCUGUCACGGUAUCUGGAGGCCUGGUUACAGCUCCCCAACCCGUCGCAGUGGCUAGUGAGGACGAUCCGUCUCGGCUACACGCUCCAGUUCGUCAGGCACCCGCCCAAGUUUCGGGGCAUUCUAUUCACCUCAGUGAGAGGCCAGAAUGCUCCCAUACUUCGGGCUGAGGUCGAGCCCGUCCCUCUGGCCGAGAUGUCUUCGGGGCUUCGGGGUGACUACUUCAUCGUCAACAAGAAAAGUGGGGGGCUGCGCCCCAUCCAGGAUCUGCGCACUCUGAACAAGACCCUUCACAGGCUCCCGUUCAGAAUGUUGACGCAGAAGCACAUCCUGACGUCCAUCCGAUAUCAGGAUUGGUUUGUGGCAAUCGACCUGAAGGACACGUACUUUCAUGUCUCGAACUGCAUUGAAGAGGUUCUUUCCUCUCAUCCAGGCCAAGCACGUGCUGCUCCGCAUGGACAGCAUGGCUGCCAUAGCGUAUGUCAACCACCAGGGGUGCAUUCGCUCAUGGCAGAUGUCGCAACUCGCCCGACGCCUCCUCCUCUGGAGUCAGCAGCUGGGGAAGGGCGCGGUCUGGCACCCGAGAUCAGACCUCUGGAACCUCCACGUCUGGCUUCUGGAAGGGAUGAGGAGAUCCUGAGUGACCUGCCUCCCGCAGUCGUGAGUACGAUCACUCAGGGAAGACCCACAGAGCUGUGCGAUCAGUGUCGAGCUGUCCUUCCUUCAAGAAAGGACAUAAGUGCCCAUAGUGAACUGAUCACCUUUCAAAACAUCCCACACAUCCACAAUGAACCGAUCAACAGAAUCAUGUAUGAGCACCAUGGUGAGCUCAUUAUUACAUCAUCUGAAAGCACAGGCAACUCUGUGGUAAUCAUUGAUGUCCAUCAGAAGAGACAGAAAUACACUUGGAGAAUUAAAAAGGGAGUCAAAUGUUUUGACUUCAGCUCUUCUCACAGCCUCCUGGUAACUGCUGGAGUGGAUCCUGCUGUGAGAAUGUGGAACCGCUAUGUGACCUCUCAACCCAUUGCGGUUCUGCGCAGUCACAAGACCAAUGUGGUGGAUGUGGUUAUUCACCAAGCAAUGAGCAAGAUCUUCAGCUACGCUAAGGAUUCUGUGCUGAACAUAUGGGAUAUACCUUCUCAACAAUGCGUUAAGACAAUUGAGCUGAAAUUCCCUCAUUUCCAAGCAGGCGGUGUUCUUGAACAUGGCACCUUUCCUCUUCUUCUCAGUCUGACGGCAGAUCCUGCGCUCCUGGUGACCUGCAGGGAGUAUUUGGCUAUGCUGAGACUCCACAAAACAGAGUCCAAAGGAAAACUCUACACAUGUGCCCUUUACAGUCCUCAUCUUAAACAGGUAAUAACAGCCUGUGCUGACUCUUCAUUGGCUGUGUGGGAUGUGAAGACAGGCCUGAAGAAGAUGGAAAUAAGGAAUGCUCAUGGUAUGGAGAAGAUUUCUUGUAUUACACUGGACCGAAGCCAACGCAGGCUGAUCUCUGCAGCCACCAAUGGAACUAUCAAGGUGUGGAACGCAUUGAAUGGGCACAAUCUUCACAAGCUAGAAGCUGUCUCCAACACAGAGGUCACUGGGAUCAUCUGUCACCACGACAACCAGCUUAUAGCCACAGGAUGGAGUCGACUCAUCGCUCAAUAUAACAUUGCAUUUUCAAAUGACACCCAUGUCAAAGCAGAUCUGUCCUGGAAGCCUGGUUGUCAACACAGUGAGGAUAUCCUAGCAAUGGAUCACUGUCCAAGUUUGGGAAUUCUGGCUACUGGAAGCUAUGAUGGAGAAAUUAUUAUCUGGAAUAUGAGUCUUCAAAGGUCCAUAACAAGACUGCAGAGAUCCCCACAGGACAAAAUGGGACCCCAACAAAGGUUAUAUCCGCCUGUUCAUAGGCUGCUGUUCCUGCAAAGACGAGCACAGAAAAAUGUUUCGAAAAACAGUGCUGUGCUGCUUAGCUCACAGGCCGGAUCUGUCUGCUGGUGGAGCAUCUAUGGACCCAAGCACAAGCAUGGGCAGUUCUAUGUGCCUGGUGAAUCUAAUAAGAGUGUGAUGGGUUUAAGUUCAGACCAGGAAAAUGGUCUUCUUGUCACUGGAGACACCACUGGAUCCAUAAAAGUGUGGGACAUCUCACAAUAUGCCUUAUCGGCUGGAGAUGAAUGUGCAACAGAAUUACCUCCACUGUUACAUUCUUGGAGGGGCCAUGAGGGGGCGUUAGUGAGCAGUGAGAUUCUGGCGCACGGCUCUCGAAUCUUCGUGCUAACCGUGUCAGUGGACUGCAGGGCCUGUCUGUGGACCAUCGAUGGAGGUUAUGUAGGCUGUUUUGGACAGGAAGAGAAGUGGGAUAUAAGCAACCCAGACACAUAUCAAAUCAGCAGGAUUAUUGUAUAACAGGGGUCCCCAGGUUCGGUCCUGGAGUGCCGGUCUCCUGCAGAGUUUAGUGCGACCCUAAUCAAACACACCUAAAGCAGCUAAUCAAGAUCUUACUAGGCAAAGCAGAAACUUACAGGCAGGUGUGUUGAGGCAGAUUGGAACUAAACUCUGCAGGACACCGGCCCUCCAGGAACAAGUUCUAUAACAUGUGUUAGUAUAUUG